CAGCGUGCGAGCCCAGCCGAGGGCCGUCUCCGCCUCCGCUCGGCUGCCCGGGCGAGUCGCCUAUUUAGGGUGCGGCGGCGGGCGGCAGCGGUGCGCCCAUGGCGGCCCUGGGGGACGAGGUGCUGGACGGUUACGUGUUCCCGGCGUGCCCCCCCUGCUCGUACCCGUACCCGGCGGCCACCAAGGGCAAGGGCGCGGCGGGCGGUAACUGGCAGCACCGCAGCGGGGGCUGCCUUCCCGCCUCCUCCCCAUCCUCGGUGGGCGCGGCCUCGUCGUCCUUCCCGGGCCGAGGGAGGCUGACAGCCGCCGAGUACUUCGACAGCUACCAGCGGGCGCAGCUCAUGGCUCUCCUGGCGCAGGUGGGGCCGGGUCUCGGGCCGCGCGCCCGGAGGGCCGGCAGCUGCGACGUGGCGGUGCAGGUGAGCCCGCGCAUCGACGCCGCGGUACAGUGCUCGCUGGGGAGGCGCACGCUGCAGCGCCGGGCCCGCGACCCCGAGUCCCUGGCCGGCCCCAUGGCCGAGGGCACCACGGGCGGCGGCUCUAACUCCCAGCAGCCAGCCUGUCGAGGCCUGGAGCAGGGCAGCCCCCAGAACGGCGCCCCGCGGCCCUUGCGCUUCCCGCGCACGGUCGCGGUGUACUCGCCCGUGGCCUCGCGCCGUCUCACCACCUUCCUGGAGGGACCCGGGGCCGCGGCGGGCGAGCAGAGGUCCGGGGCGUCGAAUGGAGAGCGGGGGCCGCCGCCCGCGAGGGUUCAAGACCCAGAGGAGGGGGAGGUGUGGACGAGGAAGGCGCCCCGGCGGCCGCAGUCCGAUGACGACGACGGCGAGGCCCAGGCCGCUGUCCGAGCGAGUUGGGAGCAGCCGACCGACGGUCCCGUGCUGCCGCCGCGAGAGGCCCAGGAGGGGGAGGCGGCUCCGCGGUCGGCGCUAAGGAGCCCGGGGCAACCUCCGCCGGCAGGGAGGGCCCGAGACGGCGGCGACGGACGGGAGGCGGCCGCCGCGGGAGAGAGGCCGUCGCCACGGAGCCCGGAGCCGGGCAAAGAGCGGCUGCGCUUCCAAUUCUUAGAGCAGAAAUAUGGCUAUUACCACUGCAAGGACUGCAACAUCCGCUGGGAGAGUGCUUAUGUGUGGUGUGUACAGGGAACUAACAAGGUUUACUUCAAACAGUUUUGCAGAACUUGUCAGAAGUCUUAUAACCCUUACCGAGUGGAGGAUAUCACCUGUCAAAGUUGUAAACAAACUAGAUGUUCCUGCUCAGUAAAACUUCGCCACGUGGACCCUAAACGGCCCCACCGUCAAGAUUUGUGUGGUAGAUGCAAAGGCAAACGCCUGUCCUGUGACAGCACUUUCAGCUUCAAAUACAUCAUUUAGGUGAAAGUCAGUGUUACUGUGCAUGCACUGAUGGAGUAGAUGAGUGAGCUUUUCCGUGCCUCUCCUCUCCACCUCUCCCUUCUCAAAAUACUUCAUGAAAGGCAGUGUAUUCUGAAAAAGCCUUCAAAUAAAGGUAUUGCAACACAAUUUAUACAUUGCAUAAAAUCUGUCUUUGAAAAUAAAGUUUCAAGAGUGCUUGUCUUGUGCUAACAGUCUGGGCCUGUCACUUCACCUUUAUAAAUGCUUGCUGAUGGCAGAGAGUGGGCCAGGCUCUGAGUUAGGCUGUGGCUACUUGGAAAACAAUUUAGUGGGGGCUCGUAGACGAGGUCUACUAUUUAGGCAGCUCUGGAGGACUGAAGCUUAGAAGGGAGUUAACUGAAUAAAAAGCCAUCUAGAGAUUGUGCCACUGCAUUCCAGCCUGGGCGACAGAGCGAGACUCCGUCUCAAAAAAGAAAAAAAAAAAGCUGCCUAGCUGUAACAUUAAGGCAUUCUUUUGGGAGAGGUGGAGGCAGAGCCAUUUCUUGGUUGCAUGAGACCGUUGGGAGGUUAACGGUAGAGUAAGAAUGCUGAAUGGCGGUGAUGGGGUAGGUAAAGGCUUUAGUGUCCGGGUGACUUUAGGAGGUAAGCUACUAGGUAGAGGAAGGCUGGGAAAACUAACCUGACUGACUAGUCAGUUUCACAAAUGUGGCAAAAGUGGGGCUUGGAACAGGGUGGCUGUGGGCAAAUGGCGGCUUUAAGACACUGAAUAACCCAUCAAGUAGACUUUGUGUUUCUUCAAAGCUUUUUUUUUUUUUUUUUUUCCUUAAAGUAGGCCUCCUAAAUGUACUUAUGUCAAGUUAGAGGCGUAGGCCUUAGCCUUUGUCUUCACUGACUUGGUGCUAGUUGGGAUGCCAGACUCUUAACUGCAUCUAGUAGCUUCUCAUGACAACACUGAGGCCCCACUGCCAGAAUGCUCCUAGUUGAGGAUGGGACUGAGUUUAGAGCCUCAAGUGCAUCUGAUGCAAUUAAAGUUGUAGUAUUGGUUUAAUUAGAGAAACCAUAUAAUUGGAACCAUGUGCUAAUUAUGCCUCCAAUUGUCUAACAUCCCACUUAAGUGAACUCCUUACUACCUUAGGCCAUAGCACUAAGUCUUAACAUUCUUGGACACUUGUUAAAAGGGGCCAAAGUGGGUUUGAGGUCUCCAUAGAAUCUGUAUCUCGAGGGGAAAGGCCCACCUGCAUCGAUGUGGAUGGAGAUGGUGCGUGUAAAAUGCAGAUUACUGGAUACCUGUCCUACCUACAUUUAACAGGCACCCCCAGCUGUUACUAAUGGAAUUGAAGCAUGAGAACUUGUGCUCAGCAGAGAAGAGGUGGCAUCUCAUGGAGCUUCUAGUACAGCGGGCAGAUGGCCACUAGUUUUUACAUCAAUGUAAAACCGAGGUUCUGACCUGUGAUAAGGACAAUCUGCUAAAGUGCCUCUGCAGUAAGGGACCUGACUUAGGUCAGGGAAACCCUGCCUAAAAGAAUGACACCUCAGCUGAACUCCAGUUCAAAUAAGUUGAAUGAGGCAAAAAUGGCGAGGGGAAAAUUUCCAGAUUAGGGCAACAAUCUGCAAAAGCCCUGUGGUAGAAAACCACCAGGAGGAGGCCACAGUGGGAGAAUACUCUGGAGGACAUGCCAGGUGAAUCUAGCAGUGCCAGACUGGAGGGGUGUUUUAGGCCUUCAUUAGGAGGAUGGUCUCUACUGGAGUGCAGGGGCUACUCACAGGCAUUAUCAGGGUACACCACAGCCUCAAGCUCCUGGGCUCAAGUGAUCCAUCCUCCUGGCUCAGCCUCUCAAGUGGUUGGGACUACAGGCACUUUGUCAGGCUGCACUAAAAAGUUUUAAAGGUAUGCUGGAGAUAGUAGGGCAUGGUGACAUAUAGACUCACUUUUAAAAAAUCACUCCAGCUAUACAGUAGAUACCUGUAGAUAAGGAGACUUGCAGGGACCAGAUAAAGUGGUGGCAAGGCUAAAGAGAAAUGACAAGAACUGGUGUGGGUAAAGGCGAUGUGUUUUUUACUCGUUCUAACAUGUUCCUGUUGUUUGGUUGGGGGUAGGUACAGGGGUAGGAAACCCAUAUGUACUGUGGCAUGCAAGUGAUAUAUAAUGUGAUCAAUAGCAUUUGCUCAAUGAAUGAAUUACAUAAAAGGUACCUGCAUUGAGUCCUAAGAAAUUUCCACUGGCUAUUAAUAUGGUUACAUUGUUCUUUAAUAUUGCUUGCUAUUAAUUUUCCUAACAUAGCAGCUAACCCUAUUUUUCAGCUGAGGAAAGUAAGGAUCAGACUGUUUUACUUAGGGUGGGUGGGCAUGCAGAUAUUCAACAAAGUGGCACAAAAACAUACCAUUCAGAUUAUGGUGAUUACAUUCGAGCAAUGAAAAGGCACUGCCAAACUCUUUAUGUGUACAAUCCAAAAACUUACAAGAUGUGAAUAGAUUUUAAGACAGGUUGAGAGAGGUUAGAAGGAAAUACUCCAAGAUGUCUCUGGGUAUCAAGAGAAGUAACUGUAGUUUUCUUCAAAUUUCCUUUAUUUUCUAAAGGAACCAUGGAUUACUUUGAAAAAUUAGGGAAGAAAAUGCUAUACAAUACCAGUAAAUGGAUUUUAAUACUGUCUGUCUCCUUUUGUCUAGGUUAUCCUGGUGUUUUAUGUGAGCAGCAUUUACUCAUAGGCCUGAAUGAGGAUCCUUACUCUUCUCUUGAGUCUUUUUCCAAGAAAGCAUGUAAUGAUUUCCUAAAUUUAAGGGAGGUUAUGUGUUUUGCCACACCCUCUAUUUUACAUCACUAAAAGUAGAAAAUAUAUUUUAAAAUAAGAAAUCCUGUGGUUUUGUUUUAGAAGCAGCAUGAAGAAACUGCCAGACUGCUGCUUUUACUGUUGUCUUACAAGACUGGUACACAAGGACAGAUCGAGUUGCAUAAAAAGGAUCUUCCACCCUCAAAAAAGUUGAAUAUGAAAGUCUCUCAGGUUUCACCGGCCCUUAGGCUAUUUGCUUGACAGCAUCUCUGAAGGAAAACAUGUUAAGCUUUUCUAGUGAGAUACAGCUGAUGGCAGCCAUUGUCAAAAGCUAUCAGUGGAUUUCUUUGUAUUAGUAAAAUGCAGCUGACAUCUAACAUGGAACCUGUGCAUUAAUCUUUAUUCAUACAAAAUGUUAAAAUCUUAAUUAUCCCUUAUCUUGUCCAGUUUGUCCAAGUAUACUAAUAAAUUUGAAAAUAAUUUCAGUUGACUAAUGGCUUAUUUUUGUACUGUGUACUUAAUGAUACAGCCUUUUGGGGGGUACUAUUCAAUAUAAUUAUUGCUGAUUUUUAUUCUGUUAAAAGACAAACCCCAACCAUAUAGUCCUGUGGCUGCACAAUGGCUUGAGAGAUACAGGUCCACACCUUUCCAGCCAGAGCAUACAAAACACGGUAGUUUGUGCACAGAGCACCCUCCAGUUCACAUCUAAUCAGUUUUCCUGUCACGGCAUUUUCUUUAUUCAAGGUUCAAAUGAAGGUUAAAAUUUAACUGUCGAGGUUCUACUUCUGGGUGUGAUGGAGUAGCCUAUAUAAGAACAAUCCUGCAAGGACAACUAUGGAAGCUGAAUCCUAUCAGCGAAAACUCAAACAGUUAGAGAAAAGUACCGAAGUGAGCCCAAUACCCGCCCCAGUGCUUACUCUAGGUGUAUUCAUAUUCAUGUCCCUUCGCAUAGAGGCUGAACAGAAAGCAGUGGCCUAGAGUUUAUGCCCUACAGUUUCACUGGGCUGGGAAAACAGUUUUCAAAGAUAGAUAGUGAGAUAUUGAGGGCCAAUAUCCUGGAGAAAAGAGAACUGCAGAGAAGUGACCCCAAUAGUCUCUGUGCAGUUUCCCCUUGGGACAUUUGCUGUUCCUGUUUAUUAUCUGCAGGGGGAGAGGCUACGAAAUCACACACUAGCCCCUGGGAGACUGAGAAGGUCGGCAGAGACUGCUGCUCUCUCAGUGCUGGAGAGAGAAAAAUCAUUCAAUUCACUUGUGAGCCUUAGAAGUCUUGAAGAAUAAUAAAAAGAAUGUAUAACUCAAAAACUAAUAGGAAAAUUAAAUAGGGCAGACAGUAAAUAUUUUAGGCUUUGCAAACCAUAUAGUGUUUGUUGUAACUACUGAACUAUUACAGUGCAAACAUAGCCAUGGACAAUAUGUAAGUAAACCAGAUAGCUGUUUUCUACUAAUUUUAUUUACAAAACCAGGCAGUGGGCCAGAUAUGACUUGAUGGCUGUAGUUUGCUAACCUGUGUUCAAGAAGUUUGUAUGCACUAUUAGUUGUUUGAAUUUCCUAAAAAUUUUAGAAUCAGCCUGUCAAUUUCCGUUAAUAUGCCAUCUGAGAUUUUGAAUGAGACUGCAUUAAACCUAUAGACCAUUUUGGGGGAAAAUGACAUCUUUACCAUAAUGAGUCUUCUAAUUGAUAAACAUGGUAUAUAGUCCUCCAUUUAGGUGGUCUUUCAUUUUUUUCAAUAUUUGCAGUUUUCUGUAUAGAGGUACAGCAUAUCUUUAGAUAUAUUUGUAGGUAUUUGAUAUUUUCCUAUUAUAAAUUGUAUCUAUUGCUUUAAAACCAACCACCCUGAAACUUAAUGGCUUCAAACAACCAAAAUGAAUCUAUGUGCUGGCUGGGAGUUUUCUUCUGGCCUUGCCUAGGGUCACUCAUGAGUCUAUAGUCAUUUGAUGGCUUGACUGGGGAAGUGGCAGGGUUGAAGUUCCAAGUUGGCUUCACUCAUAUGUCUUGCACACUGGCUGUCAACUGGAAUGCCUCUGUUCUCCCCUACAUGGCCUCAUCUUCCAGCAGGCUAGAGGUCAAAUAGUUUCCCAGAGUUUAUCCCAGUUUGCACUCUGACCAGUAUGAUGGCAAAAGCAGAAGCCACAAAAGACCACUUCAGGACUAGUCUUGGAAGUUACACAGCAUUGCUUCUGAACUUGAUUGGUUAGAGCAAAUCACAAGGCCAUCCCAAUUUAAGAGAUGGUGAAAUGGUGGACUCUGUCUCUUCAUGGGAAGAACAGGAAAGUCACAUUGCAAAGGGGUGUGGCCACAGAGAAGCAUGAUUCAUUGGGACCAGUAUUUUAACAAUCUACCUUUGCUUCUAGUAGGCAAUGAUUUCUGAAGAUACAAAAACCAUAACCAUGAUGGAAAAGGCCAAUAACCUGGACUUAUUAAAAUUAAAAACUUCUGUUCAUCAAAAAAUGCUACUAAGAUAGCAAAACUGCUAGCCACAGAGAAGGAAUAAUCUUUGCAAUACAUAUAUCCAAAAGAGGAUAUAUCCAUUUAGGAUAAAAAGCCCCUACAAAUCAAUAAGAAAAACCCAACCCAUUUACAAAAAUGAACAACGUACUUGAAGCCACAAUUCACAAAAUAUCUUAAAUGAGAUCCAUUUGAAAAGGAGCUCAAACAUUAGUCAUCAGGGAAAUGCAAAAUAGUACCAUGAGAUACCACCACACACUUCAUUUUUCAUAGGCCUAUACAUGUCAUAGAUAUUUACUACUUAUUAAUGAAAGACCCAUCUCCUAGAAAAAUAAUUGUCUACUGUAUGCAGUUUGUGUGAAAGAGAGAAACUAUUUUUUGUUCUUCUGCCCCUCCCAAUUGAAAACGUGCUGGAUUUACUCUUAGGGAAGGAACAGAGCUACUCUGUUUUCAAUGCCAGAUUGGACUUGAAGAGGCCUUUCUUAGGAGGUGAUUAUCUAAUGCUUUUUUCUCCCAUUGCUUGCCCAUGUACAUGUACACAUCAUGGGAAAAAGAUCAUAGCUUUGUCAGAGGUUGUGGAUUUCCUAGACCACAAUUCUCUAAUGCACUGAGAAAUACUGCUUCAAUUUCCCCACUUGGAAUGUUGACAGCAGCAAUAUAGUCUCCACAGAGCUUUUUACAAAGCUAUGGUUUUCCAUUGUGCUGUUAGAGAGCUGAUUUUUAAAAGCCAAAGGUAGGAAUUCGCUGGAUAGAGAGCUCAAAGAACCUGCUGCUCUCAGGAAAACCCUUAGGCAGGUGCCAAGAAGUCUUCUUUUCUGUCUGGGCUAUUCUGCUGCCAGGAUUACCCUUCCAGUGUCAAGAGCAAACCACUUUUCGCAUAUGGUAAAAAGAG